UAACAUAGUAACAGCUAUGGCUAUGCCAUAUUGAAAUUUGAAACUGAGAAAGUUUUCUGAGAAAUUAAGGAUCUAGAGAAUGGCAGGUGCAUCGGAAGAGGGACAAGUCAUUAGCUGCCACUCCGUCGAGGCAUGGACUGAUCAUCUCCAAAAGGGCAACGAAUCCAAAAAACUCAUUGUUGUGGAUUUUACUGCUUCUUGGUGCGGACCAUGCCGUUUCAUUUCACCAUUUCUGUCUGAGUUGGCUAAGAAGUUUACAAAUGUCAUAUUUUUAAAGGUGGAUGUGGAUGAAUUGAAGACUGUUGCUGAAGAUUUUGCUGUUGAGGCUAUGCCCACUUUUGUGUUUGUGAAAGAAGGAACGCUUCUUGGCAAAGUGGUGGGAGCAAAGAAGGAAGAACUGCAGCAGACAAUAGAGAAGCAUGCGGCUUCAUCUAGUGCUUAAUCUUGCUGCUGUUAGUUGUUACUUUCACCUUCAGAGACAUAAUUUAUGCUUUCAUCUUUAUUUUUAUAAUAUCGUACUAGACUUUUUCUUUUUGUUAUUUCUGUUAUUGCACCAAUCAGCUUUAUAAAAGGUGAUGACUCCUAUGAUCAGCUUUCUUCCGUCUUGAAUAAUAGUGGAUGCUGCUUUAUCAUAUGUAACUAUUUUGCUCUA